AUGAUGAAAAUAUUUGAUGCGAUUGUUGACAAUGUGAAGGAGAUGCAUAGUGAUUUAUCUAGUAUCGUUCAAAAGGUUGACGCCCAUGUAGUGAUGAUUAAGCAACUUAAGCAGCAUUUGGUCACCACUCGAGAAGGAAAGCAAACUAUAGACCCUCCCAUGCAGACUGAAAUGGAAAAUGCAGAAAAAGUUGAGAAUGAAGUUGAGUUAGUUGAGGAGCCGAAAGAUGAUACUAAAAAGGAAUCCGAGAGGCAUUUGAACAGAGGGUAUGUGAAGUUUAUGAAGAAUCUGGUGACUGAAAAGAGGGUAGUCGGUUUUAAAAUUGAAGACAAGUUGCAGCAUUGUAGUACCAUUGCUACUAGGUCACUGGUGCUAAAGAAAGAGGAUCCUGGAGCUUUAACCAUCCAAUUUACUAUCGGUAUACUGCACUUUGCGAAGGCACUGUGUGACUUGAGUGCUAGCAUUAACUUGAUGCCGUUGUCAAUUUAUAAGAAGUUGGGGCUAAGGACUCCCAAGCCGACUACAAUGCGAUUGUUGAUUGCCGAUAGAAUUGUGAAGAGACCGAUUGGAGUUCUCUAA